AUGCUAGACGAUCUGGAUAGGCGGGCCUAUAUGUAUUUAGGGCUUCUGAUCAGCUCUUUCGCCACGACACUCGGUGCCCUCAUCAUCACUCAGGGUGUCAUUUACGGCGUUGGAUUUCUUAUCUUUUACUAUCCCAUUUUUAACAUGGGUAAUGAAUUCUGGGCUGCCCGGCGCGGGACAGCAUAUAGUCUACUAUAUAUUGCAUCUGGCGUCUCCGGAGCUGUGAUGCCUCUGAUUCUUGAGAAACUGCUUUACCGGUUCGGAUAUUGGAUGUUCCUGCGUGCUGUGGCUGGAGUCCUUGUGCUUGUAAACGGCCUACUGAUACCCUUUUUGAAAGGUCAUCUGCCCGCGUCUGAGCAAAGCUCCCAGCCCUGA